AUGUAUACAGAAACGCAACUUCGACAACUUAAAAUACCUGACCUAAAGGAAAUAUUGUCUAAGGAAAGCUUACCAGUUUCUGGCAAAAAGGAAGAGUUGAUAUCCAGAAUUUUGGCGGCUGAGAAUAAAAAAACAGAGGAGGCUUUGAAACAAACCAGUAAUAUGGAUAUUAGUAAUGUCAUUAACAACGACACCGAUCCGAAGAAUGACGAUGUAGAUAUAUUUGAUAAGGAUCUACUAAAUUCGCCAAAUGACCUCACAACAGGGCUUGAUAAUUUUGAUUGGGAAAAAUUCACUACCGAUGACAUUGAUGCCUUGUCCAAAGAUAACACAUUUGAUUCGCUUAUUUCUCCUACUUCCCCUUCACAUUCUACCAAUUCCAAUAAAGAUAAUACUCAAGAAAAAGUAAAAUCUGAUGUGCUCAAAGAUGAUCAAUCUCAAACAGUGAAAUCGGACGAUACCAAAAAAACUUCAAUUAAAGAUGAUACAAACACAGAAGUUUCUAAGUCUGACGUUCUCAUUAAGCCGUCAGGGUUCACAUGCAAAAAGAUUGUAUUUGACGAACCGACAUCACCGAUUAGUAAGAGCCAAUCGGACUUAAAUGUAGAAAUUGAAAGGCGAAAGAAACGUGCAGAGCGCUUUGGAACGCAAUUAUCAGAAGCAGAUAAAAAGCUUCAAAGGGCUGCAAGGUUUGGUGUUGAAGUCACUAGUCCUAUUGAUUCUCCUCUCAAAGCAUCCCUACCUCUUCCUACCCGAAAAUUAUCUACUACUUCAGUUGAUAAUGAUGAAAAACUGAGAAAACGGGCAGAAAAAUUUGGUCUCGACAAGACAAAAAAUGAAACACCUACUAAUAUAAUGGCUACAUCAAAUUCUUUAAGUGAGGAAGAGAAGAAAAAGAAGAGAGCUGAAAAAUUUGGUUUGGUGACCACACCUUCACCAGUAUCAACUGGCAGUUCCAAUGUAACUAAUAUUGCAACAUCCACCUCAUCUUCACUAUCUACGCUUAGCGAAGAGGAGAAAAAGAAAAGAAGGGCCGAGAAAUUUAGCACUGAUGUGUCAAAUGGUGAGCCGUCGAGUAAAAAAGUAAAAGCUUAG